AUGUCCAAUAAUAAAGAAGAGCAAGAGCUUCAAGAAGAAGUGUCUGAAGAAUAUAAUUGUGGCUAUACGGCAAUUGAAAAAUUAGAGAUAAUGGUUUUCACACGCUUGAGAUUUCAACCAGCAACAGAAGUCCAAAAAAUAAGACAUGAACUUAUUUACAUCACAACAGGAUCCGACCAGCUUAAUAAUAUUUUAGGAGGAGGAAUUGAAACAGGUUCAAUAACUGAAUUGUUUGGUGAAUUUCGUACUGGAAAAAGUCAAUUAUGUCACACGCUUGCUAUCUCAUGUCAACUUCCUGCAAGUGUGGGUGGUGCUGAAGGAAAAUGUAUUUACAUUGAUACAGAGAAUACAUUUAGACCUGAAAGAUUAGUUGCCAUUGCAGAAAGGUUUGGACUUAAUGGAGAAGAAGCAUUAGACAAUGUAGCAGUAGCAAGAGCUUAUAACACAGACCAUCAAUUUGAUCUUUUAGUUAAUGCUGCUGGAAUGAUGGCAGAGACAAGAUUUGCUGUACUAAUUGUUGAUAGUGUAACAGCUUUGUAUAGAACUGAUUAUGCUGGAAGGGGUGAAUUGGCUGCACGUCAAAUGCAUCUAGCAAAAUUCUUGCGAUCUCUCCAACUUGUUGCUACUGUUGAUGGUAAUAUGGCUAUGUUUGGUGGUGAUACUAAGAAACCAGUAGGAGGAAAUAUCAUGGCACAUACUUCAACUACAAGACUUUAUUUUCGUAAAGCUUCUAAAGAAAAUCGUAUAUGUAAAAUAUAUGAUUCACCAUGUCUACCAGAAGCUGAAGCAACAUUUGCUAUUGGUAAUGGUGGAAUUGAGGAUGCUAAAGAAUAG